GGCAAUAUAAACCGAGUAAGGCCAUGAUCAUUGCCAGUUGAGUUCUGUGCGUGAGAUCACACGCUACAUUAUUUUAGUUAUCAUAUUUUUUUAAAUAUUUUUUUUAGUUCUUUUUUUAAAUCGCCAUAACAAUGGCGUCUGCCGUGAUUAAGUUAAGUGCCAUAUUGUUGUUAGUUUCCGUGUGCGCCGCUGAUGUCUCACAUCUGGUGGGCUCGCCUCAAUCUCAGCCAGUAACAGAGGUGUGUCUGGGCUGCAUCUGCCAGGCUGUGUCAGGUUGCAAGCAGGGGAUCCAGUGCGAUGGAGACCAUUGCGGCCUCUUCCACAUCACUUGGGCCUAUUGGGCUGAUGCUGGGAAACCUACUGUUAAUGGACAGUCGCCUGAUGCACCUGAUGCCUACCCGAACUGCACAAAUGACCCCUACUGUGCUGCCCUCACUGUCCAAGGAUACAUGAGGAAAUUCGCUCAGGACUGCAAUGGUGAUGGCCGCGUUGACUGCUAUGACUACAUGGCCAUCCAUAAGCGUGGAGGUUAUGGCUGCGUUGGAGAUCUGCCCUUCAGCUACGUCAACGUCUUCAACCAAUGCGUAGCUGCCGUUGCCAAUGCUCAGCAGUACGGCUAAACUAAGGAACUGAGAGGGAGAAAGAGGGAGAUUGAGACUUUUGGAGGAUCUUAUAAAAGAAUAUCAACUACUAUCUUC